AUGGCCCUCACUUCGCACCACUUUCAUGCAGUGUGCAGUGACGAUAAAUUCUGGACUCAAAUAUGCAACUCCACAUGGGCCUCCACAAACCAUCCACUAGUCAGAAACGCUCUGGCAGCCUUUCCGGCCGGUCAUGCUUCGUUUUUCUCCGACUCGUUUCGUACCUUACACUUUGAAAAAGGCGAUAGCCACUGCCGCGAUACUACUCCGCUGCAGAGGCCUAAUGAAUUUAUAUCUGCCGUGGAUUUAAGAUACAGAAACCAAAUUUUGUGCUCAGAGGUCAAUGUCACGGAUACUAGUACUCAAAAUUUUAUGGAUUCUUGUUUUGAGGUCGAAGCUUUUGCUGACAAGAAGCAAUUAUUAAGUAAUAUUACUGAAAGUUGUGAAGAUGACGAGGCAACAUUUAUGCAAGAUUUGAGAGAAAACAUAACACUGAGUUGGAUUAUAAUCGACCCAACUCAGAAGCGGGCAGCCAACAUAUCGAGCCGAAGACCAGUAUCCGUGAGAUCACACUGGAUCGAUGGUGAUGUAGAGAUAAAAUUCGCCGUGAUCAUGCCUGAGUUUGUAGAGACGAGAUUAACAGCCAUGCUUAAAUGGAGUGAUUGCGGAAAAUUAGUCGUGUUAAGCGGAGUGCGGUUACAAUUGCAUGAUAUGGACGGUUUGUGCUUGAGUGGGAAGACGAGUCUGAGAAUCUUGCAAGAAGCUAUCCGAAGUGGAGGAAGGAAGAAAGCAAGGGAAGGAGAGGAGACAAGAAUACAUGGAAAUUAUGUGGAGAUGAAACGGGAGAGAAGACAAGUAAAAGACAAGACAAGACGUACAACGACGCUGCUGAUAGCCGCAAUUUCUUUGGCUUUCGUCGUACUUCCGGUGAAUAUGAGGUUUUCAGUGUCAGAACAAGGCAAGCCUCUUUAG